AUGGAAAAGGCACUUGCACGCUACGGUGUCACUCAUCGUCUUUCUACCGCGUACCACCCGCAAACUAGUGGCCAAGUAGAGAAUGCUAACCGAGGGGUGAAGAGAAUCUUAGAGAAAACGGUAGGAAAAAGUAGAAAGGAUUGGUCGGAAAAGCUCGACGACGCUUUGUGGGCAUUCCGUACCGCCUAUAAGACACCGUUAGGCACAACACCCUUUAUGAUCGUGUAUGGCAAAGCUUGCCAUCUUCCGGUAGAAUUAGAGCAUAGGGCGUUGUGGGCAUUAAAAACCGUAAACCUUGACCUUACCGAAGCCGCAAGGAGGAGAUUCUUCCAGAUUCAUGAGUUGGAAGCACUGAGGGAUGCCGCUUAUGAAAGAUCAUGGAGUAUCAAGGAGAAAACUAAGGCAUUGCAUGAUAGGCGGUUGAGAGGUUUGAAAGAUUUUAAGGUAGGUGAUAAAGUACUUUUGUUCAACUCACGGUUGAAAUUGAUAGCAGGAAAAUUGAAAUCGAGGUGGAGUGGCCCGUAUGUGGUGAAAGAAGUGUUUCCAUACGGCACGGUUGAGCUAUACGAUGAGGUCGAUAAAGGUGUGUGGAAGGUAAACGGCCAUAGACUGAAACAUUACUUGGGAGGUCCUAUUGAUACUACUGAAGAGGAAGAAAUUCCUCUAGAGGACCCACCUACCUUUUCCGAACGGUUUCAUCAUCGCUACGGAAUGGAGAAAGCACGAGAAAAGAGGUCCCAGAUCAUGUCAGGUGCAGGAUCCUCGUCCAACCCAAGGAAGAGAAGAAUCAAGUAUCGUGGGAACGAUAGGAGAGUGUACGCCAAGAUUGACAAGUUGAGUGAUCAUCCGAUGUUAGACUUUGAUGAAGAUACUGAAGAAAGGGUUAAGAUGAAAAAGUAUGUGGUAACCCAAACUUUGGAACAUCGGAUCAUAGAUUGGGAAUGGUUGGAGAGUAUGGGGGCAAGUGAGCGGGUCAAUGAGUUGCUAGGACCAAGGUUGCGGAUGGUUAUGGAUGCGUGUGAAGAGACGCAAUAUACCGAGCUUACUAUAGAGUUCCAUUGUACCUUCCGUCACAAGGAGGGUGCAUUUUCUGAAGCUAAUGCGGUAUCAUUCUCGUUGGGGAGGAAUUGUACGAGAUGA